AUGUACCAGAAGAAGACGCAGCUGGAGCACAUCAUUCUACGGCCUGACACCUACAUCGGCAGCACGGAGCGGCAGCCGAACACAAUUUGGGUGCACAAUGGGCAGAAGAUGGAGCUUAAAACUGUAAACUAUCCACCUGGGUUAUACAAAAUAUUUGAUGAGAUCCUCGUGAACGCGGCUGACAACAAGGUUCGGGACCCGACGAUGGACACCAUUAAAGUGGACGUCGACCCCGCUAACAACAGCAUACGUGUCUGGAACAGCGGCAGGGGUAUUCCCGUGGAAGUGCAUAAGGAGGAAGGGGUUUACGUUCCAGAAUUAAUCUUUGGGCAUCUCCUCACCAGCAGCAAUUACAAUGACAGCGAGAAGAAGAUUACAGGCGGCCGCAAUGGCUAUGGCGCAAAGCUUGCCAACAUUUUCUCAACGGAGUUCACGGUCGAGACUUGUGAUGGAUCGCGACAGCGACGCUACAAGCAGACGUUUACUAAUAAUAUGCAACAGAAGGGUACACCAAAGAUUACAGACUGCAAAGCUAGCGACAACUGGACUUGCAUCACGUUUAAGCCUGACCUUGCUAAAUUCGGCAUGUCCGAGCUCGACGAAGAUAUUGUUUCUGUCCUUCGCCGCCGUGUGUUUGACAUGGCUGGAGUGCUGGGCAAAGGCGUCAAGGUGUUCUACAACGGCGAGCGCCUGAGCAUUAAGUCCUUCCAGGAAUACGUCGACAUGUACCUGGGUCCCAAGGUGAAAAGAACUUGGUUCCGGGGUGUUCCUCAUGACAAUGGGAUCCCAAGGUUCUGUGAGCGUCUGAACGACCGCUGGGAGAUCUGUAUCAGCCUUACAGAUGGGUCGUUCCAGCAGGUCAGCUUUGUUAACGCUAUCUCGACUCAGAAAGGGGGCACCCAUGUGGAAUACAUCGUCAACCAGAUUGUGAAGCAUUGCAUAGAGAAGUUAAGCAAGAAAACGGCCAAGACAACGGCAAUCAAGCCAGCAAUGGUUCGCAACCACCUGUGGAUAUUCCUGAACUGCUACGUGGAGAACCCUGCCUUUGACUCACAGGCAAGUCCGUUUAAGAUCGUGCUUUUGACCAAAGAAACGCUGACCCUCCGCUCCACUAGCUUUGGAUCCAAGUGUGAAUUACCGAUCCCGCUCCUCGACAAGGUCCUUAAGGCAGGCCUCUCCGACAGCAUCAUCAAAUACGCGGAGUUCAAGAGUCAGAAAGAUUUAAAGAAGGGGGACGGUGUAAAGCGCUCUCGCCUGGUUGGCAUGGCAAAGCUAGACGACGCCAAUGAUGCGGGCGGCCCACGUUCCACGGACUGCACUCUAAUCCUCACGGAGGGUGAUAGCGCCAAAUCACUCGCUGUCAGCGGUCUCGGUGUAGUAGGCCGCAAUCAUUAUGGAGUGUUUCCACUCAGGGGCAAACUACUCAACGUGCGUGAAGCUAGCGCGGUCCAAAUCGCUGCGAAUCAGGAGAUCCAGAACAUCAAACAGAUCAUGGGCUUGCAACAUGGCAGGGUGUACGAUAGCACGUCCUCUUUGCGGUAUGGCCACCUUAUGAUCAUGACGGAUCAGGAUCACGACGGUUCGCAUAUCAAGGGGCUCAUCAUGAACUUCAUGCACAGCUUUUUCCCGUCUUUACUGAAAAUUCCAGGCUUCAUGCUUGAGUUCAUCACUCCUAUCGUUAAGGCACGCCGUGGCCGCGAGACCAAGGUUUUCUAUACCAUGCCUGAGUAUGAGGCAUGGAAGGAGAGCCUGGACAACAACACAAGCGGAUGGGAUAUAAAGUACUAUAAGGGUCUCGGUACUUCGACCAAGGAGGAAGCACAGGAGUACUUCUCGCGCCUGAAUCUGCACCGCAAGGAGUUCGUGUGGACGGGCGACGAAGAUGGGGAUGCUAUCGAGCUUGCUUUCAGCAAGAAACGGGUGGACGACCGGAAGGAGUGGCUCAGUAACUUCGUUCCGGGGACGUACCUGGACCAGUCCGCGGAAAAGAUUUCAUACGCGGACUUCAUUAACAAGGAGCUCAUCCUCUUCUCUCGCGCCGACCUGGAUCGCUCUAUCCCUAAUGUGCUGGAUGGGCUGAAGCCCGGGCAGCGUAAAAUCAUGUUUGCGUGCUUCAAGCGCAACCUGAAGAAGGAUAUCAAGGUGGCUCAACUGUCCGCGUACGUAGCCGAGCACUCCGCGUACCACCAUGGCGAACAGAGCUUGGCCAGUACCAUUGUAAACCUCGCACAAGACUUUGUUGGAAGUAACAACAUCAACCUCCUGCACCCCAGCGGUCAGUUCGGCACACGCCUGCAGGGUGGAAAGGAUGCUGCCAGCGCUCGCUACAUUUAUACGCGCCUCGAAAAACUAACUCGCCAUCUAUUCAACGAGCAUGAUGACGUGCUCCUGAAAUACCUGAACGAGGAAGGCCAAAGCAUAGAACCGGAGUGGUAUUUGCCGAUCCUGCCGACUGUGUUGGUGAACGGCGCGGAAGGUAUCGGCACUGGCUGGAGUACUUUCAUUCCAAACUACAAUCCCCGUGACAUCAUCGCGAACCUAAGGCGCCUCUUGAACGGCGAGGAGCAGGACCCGCUGCACCCCUGGUACCGUGGCUUCACCGGCACGAUCACGGAGGUGCCGCACAAGUCCGGCUCACGGUCGUACGUGGUCGGGGGCUUGGUAGCCCAGACUGGACCUAACACAAUCGAAGUCACCGAGCUUCCGGUUCGCAAGUGGACACAAGACUACAAGGAGUUCCUGGAGACCCUAUUGCGGCCGCAAGAUAAGGACGAGGCACCCCUCAUUGCGGACUACCACGAGCACCACUCCGACUCCAACGUCCAUUUCGUCGUGGAGCUCCUGCCCGGCAAGCUGGACGAGUUGCUGGCUACUCCUGGUGGCCUGGAGGCUAAAUUUAAGCUGCAAGCGAAGGUCACCACGAGCAACAUGAUGCUGUUCCAGAAGGAUGGCAUUAUCAAGCACUACCAGAGCCCGGAGGCAAUCAUCGCCGAAUUUUUUGAACUGCGCCUGGAUUACUACGAAAAGCGCCGUAUCGCCAUGCUCCGGUUUGCCCAAAUGGAUCAAAUGCGUGCCGACAACAAGGUCCGGUUCAUCCUUGCGGUCGUGCAUGGGAAGCUGGAGGUUCGCAACCGCAAGCGGGUAGACAUUGAGAAGGAUCUUGAAGCCCAAGGCUUCGAUCGCAUGAGCAAGACAAACACAGCUACGAAGGUAAACUUGUCAAUUCCCGUGGUACAAUCAUGCAUGCUGAACCCCUCGUUCAAUUUUGUUGACAGGUCUACGACGUAUCUGCUGAGAGGGACGAUGAGGACGGCGCGCAGGAGAGCGAGGCGAGCAAACCAGGUUACGAGUACCUGCUAUCCAUGUCAAUUCACAGCUUGA